CUCCAAAAGCUCCUGAGUGUGCACAUUUUUGGAAAUGCGAAUUAUGAAAUAUGAACAUUUGCUUCCCCCGGAAAAGCUGACGUGUCUUCACGACGGCAUAAAAAUUGGGGUGAUAUCAAAGGGAAAAAGGACCCGAGAUGGCACAGAACGAUGGCACCGAGAGCACCGGUGAGAACUGGGAGCUCACCAAGGACAUGCUGUUGGAGGAAGAAGAGCAGAAGAAAGCACCCAAAGGAGUGCUGUCCCUCCUGCCCUCGCAGAGAGCCCUGGUGCUGCUGUACUUGCUGCUGGCCCUCGGCUUCGUGAUCUUGGUGGCUCUCGUCAUCACCAACACCCAGAAAGUGUCGGCGGUGCAGGAGGCGCUGGCCCAAGCCCAGCUGCAGGGCGAGAGGAGCCACACGACAGCCUGGCACAACCUCUCGCAGGUCCAGCACGCCCUCGAUAAGCAGCUCUCAGGCGAGUUCCAGGUGAUUCAGAGCCAGCUUCUAAAUGUGUCCCAAGAAAUGGAGAACGUGUGGUGGAAGAUGGCACAGUGCAAAACGGAGUGCGGGAAGGAGCUGUCAGAGCGCAUCCGUGCCCUGGAGGGAAGGGAGGCGCCGGAGCAGGCGCUGGAGCAGCUGGAGGAGCUGCGGCAGGAGCAGAGCCGCGUGGAGACGCUCCUCAGCACGGCGCUGGAGGGGCUGCGAAACCUCUCGGAAAUUCUCUGCACGAGGUGUCCCGCCGGCUGGCUGCAGUUCGCCGGGACCUGCUACCUUUUCUCCACUGACGCCAAACCCUGGAUGGAGGCUAAAGACUCCUGCGCCGGGCUCGGCGGGCAGCUGGCCAUCGUCAAGAGCGAGCUGGAAAACAAAUUUCUGGCAAAUUACAUCAUGGAGACACGGGUGUUCUGGCUGGGCCUGAGCGACAUGCACAAGGAAGGCGACUGGCAGUGGGUGGACGGCCGCUCCCUCUCUCUCUCGUUUUGGGGGAGCGGCGAGCCCAACAACGUGGGGCAGCACGGCGAGGACUGCGCCACCGUCUCCUCCCGCGGCCUCUGGAACGACGCCACCUGCAGCGGUGCCGAGGCCUGGAUCUGCGAGCGCAGCUGCUAGUGGGCUUCAAAAAAAAAGAAAAAAGGGGGAAAACCAGCAAAAAAGAGGGCGCGGGACGGAAAGGCGGCGCUGCGGGGCGAGGGACGACUUGCUGCUGCGUGAUUACCCACCGCGGAGGAAGCGAGAUGGAAAAAAUGCUUAAAAGAUGAGAAAAAAAACAACAAAAGUGAGGGGUGCGGGGUCGGGAGGCAUCGCCGCGCCGUGGGUUUUGCUGCGGGUUCUGCUCCUUCCUCCUCCUCAGGCUCUCGGUGAAGCCGCGCGGCUGCGGACCCCGAAACAGCAGCAGCAGGAGCUGGGAUUCGCUCUGCGGGGGAAGGAGCUGGCGUGGAAAGAGGUGGCCGAAAAGGGGAGCGUCCUCCCGGGGCCCAGCGCCGCCACGGGGUUCGAGCUAGAGGAGGGUUUGGGCAGUUUUGGGAGGGUUCCUUAACAUUUUGUGAGCCGCUUCCCUGCCGCGCGCUCAACCUAUCGCUUGCCACUUAAUCAGGAAAAAAUAAAUAAAUAAAUAAAAUUG